ACACACUAUUCUUCUAAAACCUCGAACAAAAGAAACGCAAAAUACAUAUUGUCGAUGAAGAAUUUGUAAAAUAACAUUUAUUGUUUCUUCUCUACUAUGUCCAAGUCCAAAGAAGAAUACUCAAUCUCCAAUCUGUACUGUGAUGAGGCGUCUGAUGACGUUGUUUCCCAAGAUUCAGACGUUACUUUUGACCACAUUCUUUACGCCGAUUCGGAUUCUCGCCCCGACGGGGAGAGUUCUAUUGUUAGUGCGUUUAAUUCCGAGAUUGAUCAGGUUCUCGAUUCUGAUAUGAUCCAACGGUUCAUAAACAAUUCCGGGGUUGCUUCUGAUCGCCUAGAGGCUGUCAACUGGAUGUUAAAGGUGCAUGGUUUCUAUCACUUUAGGCCUGAAACUGCUUAUCUUUCUGUUAACUAUUUGGACCAUUUUCUUCUAUCAAGGACAUUACAG